UCCCCCAGCCCGGUCCUAGCGCCGCCGCCGCUCCCGCCCGGCCCCCCCCAGUUCCCAUCAUGCACCCGGAGGCUCCGCCCCUUUCCUGAGCUCACCUGGAGGCUCCGCCCACUCGUGGAGGCUCCGCCCACACCUGCGCUCCUGCCCCGGCCACGCCCGGUGACGUCAUGGCUUCGCCCGGUGACGUCAUCGCCUUCGCCGACCGCUCCCAUGAUGCACCUGGAGGUGCCGCCCUCACCUUGAGCGCACCUGGCCCCGCCCCUGAUGACGUCACUGCCCCCUCAAACCCCUCCCACCGCUCACCUGGAGCCAAUCCUGACUCACCUGGUGACGUCACCGCUCCCUCAGACCCCGCCCACCGCUCACCUGGAGCCAAUCCUGACUCACCUGGUGACGUCACCGCUCCCUCAGACCCCGCCCACGGCUCACCUGGAGCCAAUCCUGACUCACCUGGUGACGUCACCACACCCUCGACCACACCCAGCCCCGCCCCUACCCCACCUGGAGGAGCCUCGAACCCACCUGGUGACGUCACCCACACCCUCGACCACACCGGCCCCGCCCCUACCCCACCUGGAGGAGCCUCUAACCCACCUGGUGAUGUCACCACACCCUCGACCACACCCAGCCCCGCCCCUGCCCCACCUGGAGGAGCCUCUAACCCACCUGGUGACGUCACCACACCCUCGACCACACCCGGCCCCGCCCCUACCCCACCUGGAGGAGCCUCGAACCCACCUGGCCCCGCCCCCAGCUCACCUGCCGAGGCUCCCGGCCCCGCCCCCCGGCCGGCCCCGCCCUUCCCGUGCCCGCAGUGCCCGCGGAGCUUCCCCUCCCCCGCGCGGCUGGCGGUGCACCUGCGCUCGCACACAGGUGAGCGCCCGCUCACCUGCCCGCAGUGCCCCAAGGCCUUCGCCGACCCCUCGGUGUUCCGCAAGCACCUGCGGGGCCACGCCGGGCUGCGCCCGCACACCUGCGGCACCUGCCCCAAGGCCUACGCCGAGCGCAAGGACCUGCGCAACCACCUGAGGGCACACACAGGUGAGCGGCCGUACCUGUGCGCGGAGUGCGGGAAGAGCUUCGGCCGCUCCUCGUCGCUCGCCUGCCACCAGCGCAUCCACGCCGCCGCCAAACCCUUCCCGUGCCGCACCUGCGGCAAGGCCUUCACCCAGCUCUCCUCCUACCAGAGCCACCAGAGGGUGCACACAGGUGAGCGCCCCUACCUGUGCCCGCAGUGCGGCCGCACCUUCGGCGACCCCUCGAGCUUCCGGCGGCACCAGCGGGCGCACCAGGGCGUGAAGCCGUACGGCUGCGGCGACUGCGGCAAGGCCUUCCGGCAGCCGGCCGACCUGGCCGUGCACCGGCGCACGCACACCGGCGAGCGGCCCUGGCGCUGCGGCGACUGCGGCAAGGCCUUCGUGGCCUCCUGGGACCUGAAGCGGCACCGGCUGACGCACUCGGCCGAGCGGCCCUGGCGCUGCGGCGACUGCGGGAAGGGCUUCGGGGAGCGGGCGGCGCUGGGCAAGCACCGCAGGACGCACUCCGGGGAGAGGCCCUUCGCCUGCGGGAGGUGCGGGAAGGGCUUCGGGGGCGUCUCGGGGCUCAGGAAGCACGAGAGGACGCACGGCAGGGAGGACGGG